CCUACCGCCAUGGUCGAAGUCAAGAACAAAGUCUGCCUCAUCGUCCACGAUGGCUGGGGUGUCGCGACGGAGAAAGGCCUCAAGGGCAACGCCAUCGAGGCCGGCACGACGACGAACAUGGACACGAUCGCGAAGGAUCACAGCUAUCGCACUCUAGCUGCGCACGGAAUCUCUGUCGGGCUCAGUGAGGGGCUCAUGGGCAACUCGGAAGUAGGACAUUUGAACAUCGGCGCGGGGCGUAUCGUGUGGCAAGACAUCGUCAGGAUCGAUGUCUCGAUCAAGAAGAGGCAGUUCCACAAGACGCAGAACAUCUUGAAAAGCUUCAAACAUGCAAAGGAGGGGAACGGCCGCCUUCACCUGCUCGGCCUGAUCUCGGACGGUGGUGUGCACUCACACAUUAGGCACCUCUAUGCCCUCCUCGAAACCGCAAAGGAAGUCGGUGUCCCCCAUGUCUACAUCCACUUCUUUGGCGAUGGCCGUGACACCGCGCCGCGCUCCUCCGCCGGCUACGCCAAGGACCUGCUCGCCUUCAUCGAGAAGGAGAAGAUUGGUAAGGUCGCGACAGUCGUUGGUCGCUACUACGCGAUGGAUCGCGACAAGCGCUGGGAGCGCGUCAAGGUUGCGGUCGAUGGGCUAGUCAAGGGGGAGGGCGAGAAGAGCGACGAUAUCAUUAAGACCAUCGAGGAGCGCUAUACCAAGGACGAGACGGACGAGUUCCUGAAGCCUAUCAUCGUAGGCGAGGAGGGAAGGAUCAAGGACGACGAUACCCUGUUUUUCUUCAACUACCGCUCGGACCGCAUGCGUGAGAUCGUGACCGUAUUCGGGCUUCCCGACAAGCCCAUGGAAGUCGACGUUCCGAAGAACUUGCACAUCACCACCAUGACCACUUAUAACGCUGAAUUCCCCUUUGGAGUCGCGUUCCCUCCUCAACCUAUGACCAACGUCCUCGCCGAAUGGCUCUCCAAAAAGGGCAUCAAGCAGGCUCACAUCGCCGAAACCGAGAAGUAUGCGCACGUCACGUUCUUCUUCAACGGCGGCGUGGAAAAGCAGUUCGAGGCGGAGGAGCGCCACAUGAUCGACUCGCCCAAGGUCGCGACGUACGACAAGCUGCCGAAGAUGAGCGUCCAGGGCGUCGCUGACAAGGUCGCACAAGUUGUGAAGGCGCAGACGCACGAGUUUGUCAUGUGCAAUUUCGCGCCUCCGGACAUGGUCGGCCACACGGGCGUGUAUGAUGCUGCGGUGGAGGCGAUUACGCACACCGACGCGGCGGUCGGCACGGUGUACAAGGCGUGCCAAGAGGCGGGCUACGUGCUGCUCGUCACCGCCGACCACGGCAACGCGGAGCAGAUGCUCAACCCCGAGACGGGCAACCCGCAUACGGCGCACACCACGAACCCCGUGCCGUUCAUCAUGACGGGUGACCCUGCGAAGUUCAAAUUCACCGAGGACAAGAAGGACGGGGAGGAGGACGAAGGCGCGCUGUGCGAUGUCGCGCCGACGGUGCUGGCCCUCUUGGGUUUGCCCCAGCCCGAAGAGAUGACAGGGCGUUCGCUGCUGGCAGUACAAUUGUAAACGAGGAGGCGGGGGGUACAUACACGCGCAAACGCACGCGCACACGACAGUGACGAUGAAAGACAAGAAGACAUUAGAACUAAAAAAAGAAACUGUAUUGUAGUAGCAUGCGCAGCCCCAGACGCUGCCAUAGAGAUGUACUGCUACGAAGCCCGUUCACAGCGCUCUCGGAGAGACUAUUCGAUGGACCACGCGAACACACGGGGAGUUGCAGAGAGUCUGGGUAUGUAAUAUGCGGAGAUAUGAUGACAAGGAUAAAACGAAGGGACGCGGCGGCCACACGGAGCGCGCCAGCCGCAUGGAUGAGAGAGAAAGUAAGAGUCCGUCCAAGAGGGACGACCUGUCGGAGCAGCUAUUGACACAGCGGAUGCACAUCAGUCCUUUUUCGUACGCUUUUCUUGAUUCUUCCUGUCCCUCGCCUUUCCGCGCCUUUCCGCGCCUGCGCGUAUGGGCGAACGGCACUCAUGAGUCGGACGUACGGCCGUUGAGCGCGUCGUAGCGCCCGCCGGUCGCGGAUGGCUGCGCGCCCGAGGUGUACGGCAUCGUCGGCAUCGUGUCGAGGUGCAGGUUCGAGCGAGAGCGCGCGAGGGCUUCCCCAGCGGCGUCGGCGCCGAACUGCUCGGCCAAUUGAUUUGCGUACUGGUCCAUGAUAACGGCCAUGGUGUUCAUGUCGAGGCGAUAGGCCUUGGGCAUCAUGCCUUUACCGAAGCGGUAGGUGAUGUGAUUGGAGCAGAGGAGGCCGCAAACGAUGACGGCGAUCUGGAAGGGGACGAGGCCAAAGACGAUGAUGUACCAUCGCUUGAGGACGGACUUUUCAAAGUCUAUGUAGGGGCCCUUGCAGCCGGGGAGGACGCUGCGGGAGUAACAGGUCUGCGAGAUGGCGGCCUCGACGAAGGGAGAGAAGUAGCCGCAGCACCGGAGCUGGUUCUGGAUGCGGAGCCAGCCGGCUACGCCAAGGUCCUGCGACCACUGGGCGUUAAUCUUGCCGUCGAG